UCGUAAAACAAUAUGUCUCUCCUGCAAAUUUUCUUCAUCUAAUAUUUCUAUGGAGUCAUCUUCUUCCCUCAUUCUCCAUCACUCUUACCUCUCUUACCUUAAUCCAAAAUUUGGAAAAAGACCUUUGCUUUCUUUUGCAUUAAUGCGGAAUUCGCGAAAAUGUAAAAAAACUCGAAUAUGUUCUAACAAGAUGUAUGUUCCCGGCUUUGGAGAAGCUUCACCUGAGGCUAAGGCAGCGAAGCAUCUUCAUGACUUUUUUACUUACGUUGCAGUGAGGAUAGUUUCUGCUCAGCUUGAGAGUUAUAACCCUGAGGCGUAUAUGGAGUUGAGAGAAUUUUUAGACACAAACUCUGUAAGUGACGGCGACAAAUUUUGCGCCACUCUCAUGCGUCGGUCUUCACGUCACAUGAACUUAGCCCUUCGAAUUUUAGAGGUACGGUCUGCUUAUUGUAAAAACAAUUUCGAAUGGGAUAAUUUGAAGCGCCUCGCCUUCAAGAACGUAGAUGGAUCCAACACAAGACUCAUGCGUGAAUACGUCUUGGAGACUAGCCAUGUCGAAACCGAUUCCGAUAAGUGAAACCUUAUAUCUAUUUGAAUCACAUUCACAUAUAUAGUCUCGAGAGGAUACACACAUAAGACCGUUUGUACAUACACAUACCAUUGUGCUUGCGUUAAUCUCACGCUUUGAUAUCUUAAUUCUAAAACCUUACCUUUUGAGAA